AUGGAGCAACUCAACUUGACUGCAGUAACUCCAAACAUCUCCUCCCCUCCUGGACUUCUCCCUUCUCCUCCCAUGAACUCCAGGGGUGUUCUACCUGCAGUGGUUCUGUCUCUCUGCUUUCUGCUGGGAGUCCCUGGAAACAUCGCUGUCAUCAUCCUGAAGCCAAAUUUUCAGCAGCUGUCCAGCAUGACUCAGUGUCUGAUGUUGAAUCUAGCCGUGUCAGACCUGCUGUGUCUGGUGACUCUCCCACUGUGGAUUUACAGUCUUCUCUACGGCUGGAUCUUUGGUCUGGUGGCCUCGGGCAUCCUACAGGGUGGUCUCAAGAGUGUUUGGGAUGCCUCGUUCCACUGUAUCGUCCACAGACUCACUGAGGAGGUGGUAGCCAGUUGUCAUAAGGUCAUUCACCUUCCAAAAACCCCUGAGGACCUGGAGGUGGAGUCCUGUGGGUUUGCAGAGCUGGCACGGCACAGAGCUUUCCUCAAAGCUGCAGGUGCCAUCGACGGAUGCCAGGCUGUGUGUGACCAUCGGGGCUGCUUCAUUGACACCUAUGUGGGCUGGCCUGGGUCGGUGCAUGACUCCAGGGUACUCCGCCACAGCCCACUAUACAGACAGACGGUCUACCCUCCUCCAAGGCACUUCAUCCUAGCAGAUGGUGGAUACCCGUGCCUCCAACGCCCACUCCCCCUCAUCACUCCCUACAAGCGUGUGAAUGUAGAUGUUGCAGCCCAUCACUUCCACAGUCAUAAUUCCAGGGCACACUUGAUUAUAGAACGUGCUUUUGGAAUGAUGAAGACAAGAUUCAGGGCAAUCUUCCUGCAAGCGCUGGAGGUGCAUCACACCUUUGUACCUCACGUAAGUGAACAUAUAGCAGCAUUUUUUAUGUUAUUUGGAAUAUUUUUCUGUUUCUCUUCCUAUUGCAGGUUGUCACAGCUUGCGCCAUCCUCAAUAACAUCUGCCUUUGUGCUGGCGACACUGUGGCCCCAGAGGAUGAGCCGGAGGAAGAUGUGGGAGAUGAUGAGGGGGAGCCUGGUUUGGAGGCCAGAAGCGGUGCACUCUGGCGGGACCAACUGUCUGCUGAGGUUUCUGCCCUGGAGGAGGCACCACCAGACCACGAUUACUGGUAACAGCGUCCGUCGACAGCCAGCCCUGCAAACCCUGAAGAUGGACGAUGCAGUGGACAGUUGAGAGGCAUCCUGAAACUGCAGACCCCCUGCAAGAUGUUCCAAUCAGCACCCGGAAAGUUCCAGUCCCGGGUCUCAGUUGAAGCCCCCCAUCCAUGUCGACCAUCUUUGUAAAUAGUUAUAAAUAAAAGUGUUUAAAUGA